AUGGACGGUCAGCUCUUCCCAGACUCGACAUCCCUCAGGCGCGCCGUCAACAGGCACGCAAAGGAAACUCUCAUUGACCUGGCCAUCCGCUGGGUCACCAUCCAUGCCAUCACCCGCGUCCAGGAGGAUGCCUCUGACGAAGAAGACUACUACGACGAGUACAUCAUGGAGCUCGACGAGCGGCCGCCUCGUCUCCGCACAAUGUCCCUUGCCAAAUACAAGAAACAUGUCAUCAAACGAUACGAACUCAUGCGGGACAAGCCCAGUACUACCAAGAAGAAGGUUGCCGAUCGCAUGUUGGCAGUCGACUGGCGGAACGGACUUAAUUCGAGUCAGGUUGCUGAACUGGAUUUGAUGUAUUAUUCUCGGCAUGCCAGCGUCAAGGACUGGAAAACGCUUAAGCUGGACUAUGGCGACUCUUUUGGGGCUAACGCAGUGCAACUGAGUCCCGCUAAGAUCGAAAAAACGCUCUCAUACUGCCUGGAUCCCUACUUUAAAAACCAUAUUCAAACGCUGCAGGACGGCCAGAUGGUCUGGAUCAGGAUAAGCGUUCACGAUGGGCUGGCUCCCAACGUGCUUCCUAUGCCGUCAGCAGUCGCAUAUCUCAUCUGGUUCACAAACUCGGAAUAUCUCCUGACUUCCAGUAUCAAGAAGGAGUGGGUUGAAUUUAUCAUGGAGGCCAUUAUGCGGGUGUUUAAGGCGCAGGAAAUUGAGGAGUGGCCAUUGACAGGACACUCACCCAAAUCGCUGUCGGAGCUGUUGUUGCAAAAGGAUUCACAAGGAGCACAGAGUAUCUACCGACUCGACCAGCUUGACAGCAACCCCCUCUCGGGCACCAUAAAGAAGCGGAAAAUUGAAGACCCACGGAAACACUAUGCACAAGGAAUGGAGGACAUUCAGUCAGAGGACAUGAACAAGAUUGUACGACGAGACCUACGCGUCGCCAAGGACUUUGGACCCAACGCACAGCCCAAUCUAUCUCGAGUCGAUCUCCAACUCAACCUUCCUUACACAGCACAAGCCAAAGACUUUAACCUGGGCCGAAUGAACCGACAACCCUUCCCGGUCAAGAUCAUCUUUGAGGGGCCCAAUGUGAUCGAGGGAAUCAAAAGUUUGAUCCCUCUAGGCGUGGCAACUGAGGCAAUGCCAAAGUUCUUAACGGACCUGCACUCAAUGGGGGCUAACAGAUUGACUGUUGACUUGGACGAGGAUGACGAGACCGUUCAGCGGAUCACCAAAGGAUAG